UAUAGUCCCGUUCAUCUAUCCUCUUCUUCCUGUCUUUCCCCACGCGCAACGGCGGCGGCGACGACCUCACCUCCCCACGCGCGACGGUUGCGGCGACCGGGUUUCUCAUCUGUCCAUCGACCCUCUCCUCCCACUGAAGCGCCACCUCGACUGGGCUCCAAGUUCGCUGAGGACUUCUCUGCUGCGCUGUAGAGUACCACCGGCCUACCAGGGGUUUAUCUCCGAGGUUUCAGCUGAACCCAAUGGCGCAAGUUACUGCGACCGCGAAUGCUCAGCUGCUUGGUUUUCCUGCCGCAAGCCGCUAUGGUGGUCCUGUGAGGCCGCGUGCAGGGCCGGCGUUUCUGAAUCUGCGUGCUCCUGCACUUCGCCAUGACAGAAAAACGCAACCUCUGAGAGUUUCAGUAGGUGCUGCUUUGUUCCCUCCAUCAUUCACAAAGUAUGAUCCUAUCAAAGGCAUUAAACCAUUGCUGUCAGUCAAGAAGUUACGUCCUGGAACUCAAGUUGGCUGUCAAGCAUCUUUAUCAUCAUUCAGCUAUCCUGAGUUAGAAUCCAAACCAAGAUGGUGGUGGAGAACCCUAGCGUGUGUUCCCUAUCUUCUCCCACUGCACAACAUGUGGUCCUUUGCAGAUGCUGUGUAUCAGCUUCAUCCAUACUUGCAGCAAUUUUCAUUGUUCUAUGCAUUCAUUGACACAAUGGCAUUAGUCCCAGGAUGGCUCUUUCUGAUGAUCUUCAUGACUAUCUACUUCUUUGUGGUUAGAGGGAAAUGGUCACCACACUUCCUGCGGUUUCACAUCAUAUUGGCUAUUCUCCUUGAUACUGGUUCUCAAGCUUUGGCGACAAUGUGCAACUGGAAUCCAAGCAUUGUUUUUCAGGGUAAACCAAUGGUGUUUUUCUGGAUGACAAUUGCCUUCAUUCAGAUAUCCACAGUUCUUGAGUGCAUGAGGUGUGCGCUGGCAGGCAUGUAUCCCAACGUUCCUUUUGUGUCUCACACUGCGUUCAUCCAUUCUGAUCUGAAUUUGUUCAGGUAGUUGGUUAGUGCAAUGUGCAUCUUUUGAAUAUAAGUAUUAAGGGAUUUUUUGUAUGAGAUAUUUGAAAACAGACGAGGCAACAAUAUGUUUGGAACCUGCAUUCUGGGAUACACAAGGUGGGGAUGUGGGAUGAAAUCAGGGGCAAUGCUUUCUCUGCAGUGUUGGCUCUUGGCAGCUCAAGUAACUGCAUUCUUGUAAUAUUCGUAGCCAGAGAGUUACUUGGCAUAUGAUUUUGGUCGUGUUUUCAAACAUAAGUUGUUUGAAGGAUUAAUAGAUGUUUGAUUUUUUAAUAGGAUGACCAUUUGAAA